CAUGGGCCGUGUCCAUGGCAGACGCGACCAGGGCAUCCCGCCCCGUGACGGCUGCGCAGACACGUGCCAGACGAAACCGGGAGGGCCAGCCACACACACACACAUGCCCAGGUGUCGGGUAUUCGCUUGAUCCACGACGCCGAUCUGCACCAUCACUGGCGGAAGGACGCUGCAGCCAGCCCAGGAACGAAGCGACGCAGGAACAGGAACAGGAACAGAAACAGGAACAGGAACAGAAAUAGAAACAGGAACAGCACCAUGGACAGCGACGCCGCGACCAAGACCCUGGAGAUGAUACGGCGGCUCAAGGACCGCAACGGCCGCUUGGUAUUUGAGAUCUUCGAGACGCUCCCGUCUAGGGACGACUAUCCCGACUAUUACGACGUGAUCGCCCGGCCGAUUGCUUUGGAUAUGAUCGAAAGCCGGAUCAAGCUCGGCGGCUACAGCUCGCUCGCGAGUUUCUACGGAGAUAUUGCGGUCAUGAUCGAGAACGCAAAGACAUACAAUCGCAAGGGCUCGUUUGUGUACAAGAACGCCGAGACAAUCCAGGCCGCAAUUGAGUCGACAAGCCCCAACGCCCUGUCCGGUGCCGAUAAGUCGCAGGACCAUGGCGCUGCAGACAUCAAGACCCUGUGGGAUCAGAUUGUGCGAUAUCGAGCCAUCGGUGGAUCCACCGGGGCUGCUUUCAGCCGAUUGACCAGCGUGAAAGACUCGACGUUCUCGGAAGCAGCAAGGUUUUUUGAGAAAAUGUCGCUGAAGGCUCGGGACUUUGGCUAUCCGACCUUUGAUUCAUUCACAGCCGAUGUGCGAUCUUGGAUCGCGAUGAUCAAGGGACGCACCGACGACGAAGACCCACUCUCGUUGGCGAAUGAUAUUGAGCUCCAAGUGGAGGACUUUGUUGUCCAGAGGAGCACGCCGCUUCGGCCCGGAAUGACACCGAUUCCCGAGCUCGUGAGUGCGGGUACCAAGUUCAAGAUAGGCGAUUACAUCUAUCUCAAGCCGGACAGCGCGACCCUCAAGGCUGUGGUUGCGCAGAUAUAUUCGAUUUGGAAAGUCGGUGCCACCGAGAAAAUCAGAAUAUGCAUUUUCCUCCAGGCCGACGAUCCGAGCAUCAAAGGCAUUGCCUCGUUCAUGGAGAAUGAGGUCUUCAAGACGAGCAGCUACCAUGUUGUGGAUGCCUCGCGAAUCCUUGGGAAAUGCUACGUGCUGUUUCUUCGCGACUAUGUCCGCGGCAAGCCGCCCGGCGCCUCGGCGAGCGAUGUCUUUGUCUGUGAGUCCAAGCUCAACUCCUCGAGCAAAGGUCUGGUCAAGAUCAAGAACUGGAAUACGUGCUUGCCCGAGGCAGUGCGCGGCCAGGAGAUCGAUCUGGAUCUCUACGACAAGGCUCUGGUGCCGACCAAGAGCCAUUCCACACCAGCGAAGCUGCCGACGCAACAGGCAGCCAUCCAUCCGACAUCUGGACUCGUUGGGAGUCCAGCCGCCGUUGCGGUGGCACCGUCCUUCUACCCCACACCGAUGCUCCCAGUGCCAACGCCGGUUCUUCAUCCGCCGCCGCACAUCAACCCGGCCGAUUCGCUGCCGGCCAGGAUCAACGAGAAGUUCCUGUGUACCGAUGACUCAAAGUUGAAGUGGUUUGCCUCUCCCCCGAUUGAUGUGGUCCCAACCCCUGUGUUGACACACUCACUAGCAUAUCUGGUCAAGAAGAGGAAGGAUCGACUGAAGGCCGAACAAGACAGAGAGGACCAAGCGACUAUCGCUGCUGCCUCGGCUCACGAACCUACUCCUACCGAGCCAGCCAAGCAGUCCGAAAGCCAUCGAAGCGAUCCUGCAUCCAAUCCGGCAGUUCUGGAGGCAAUCAACGAGCUCGCAAAUGUGUGGACAGCCCAAGUCAAGCGUCUCAAGGCAGCGCCAUAGAUGUUGCAGUGCAAAGCCGUGAUAUUCAGUGCCAUACUCAUUUGUGUGCACCGAUUGCGCUGAAUAAAGAUCGCAUCAAGCACCCGUCGCCAUC